UCAUAUGAAGGAAGUGAGUCAGUUCUUAAACAGAAGUCCUCCACUGGUCUGAGAGUCAUUGGAAGUCAGUGGAAAUCUGUGAAAAAUAUUCUAAAGAAUAAUAAGUUUUACUCCAUGUCUUUUAACAGAACAACAUAUCACUCUUAUAUAUUUUAAAACCAAAUAAAGCAAACAACUAGACCAGGGGACCAAUUCCAUAUUUCUCAAAUCUGGCCCGCAGCUAGAUCAUCAUCUAAUCAUUAAUUCAUUUUGAGUAUUUUUAAAAAAAAUAAUAAUCCAAACUCCAGACUUUUUCAAAAACUGUUUCAACAAGUUUAUGUUUAGAAAAACAGAAACGGUGACAAUAAGUAACAGGAGCUUAAGUCGAACCAGUGGUACACGUACCAUAGUUUUGGAACCACUGCCUUAAAGCAGAGUUCUAUAUGGUGCUGUUCUGUCAGACUGUCCGUCUCUGGACCGGACUGGUCUCCAUGGAGAACGACGAUCACUAAUUAAACAGGAGACAUCUGCUGGAGUCACAGUCUCCUGCAGCCUAAUGGCUCGUCCUCCCCUCAGCUGUAAUUACUAUUUAAUUGUGAGGAGCCAAAUGAACAUAAGGCAGUGUUACUGUAGCUCGCCCCCCGCGCGCCCCCACCCCCAGCAGACAUAAAGUGCCGUUAUAAAAGUAUGUAAAUGAACUCAUUCCUGUAUUUAGGAGAGGGAAAUUGAAAAGAAGUCAAAAGUACUCUUUGUGAAUGUUAAACAGUUAUAAGCCAUCGGUACCAUCCUUUUUACACACCACCACCAACCACUGAUUUAUAGACUCAUUUAUUUGUCCUGCUUAUUUAUAAAUGUGUUUUAUAAAAAUUUCCCAGCCUAUCUAACUGAUGGGUUUAUACUGUGUCACUGCAUGUGUUUUAUUAAUGACUGGACUCAGAAGAUCAGGUUUUUAUUCAGUGUGUUUCUGCAGCUGUGCACUGAGACGACAGCACAAUAACAACGCAACUGUACAACUGUACCUGUGUACAGAUGGAAAGACGCUGAACUUGGUCUUGAAUAAUAUACUUUUUUUUUUCAUCUUAAUCUGAAUCCAUUUUUAGAGUCGGCUUUUUUGAAUUGAUGGAUACAUUUAUUAAAGUGAUGCUGUUCACAGAGCUAAUAUAUUUUACCAAUAUGUUUCAUAUUGCACCUUCAAGUAUUGGCGCUGUCCCUUUAAGCAGUUAGUGUGCUCCUGGUGGUUGGACAGAUGAGUGUGUGUGUGUGUGUGUGUGUGUGAGAGUGUGUGGCUCAGCCUGUGCUGAUGUAGUGUCAGAUGCUGAUGCUCCACUGAUGUUCCACCACAGCAGCAGGUUGCUCCAUCACUGACACUGUUGUCCCGUCAAGCUGAGAUCCAUGAACUCAGAAACCAUGAGCACAGUCUCCGAGUCGUUGGCCGGCAGCAGCAGGUCUCUGUCAGCCACCAGGAGACACCGGAGCGUCAGGAAGAACUCCAGGAGGAUUUACUCAGCCUUCCAGGACCACCAGGGCUCCUCCGAAGAUGAAGAUAAAGAGGAUGAGCGGGUGGACAGUAACGACCCGGAGGAAAUGUUCCAGAACAUUCAGUACCAGAAAGAGAUCAUCGCCAACAUCCGAACCCGACCGUGGCCAAUGAGGCGCAAACUCAAAGUUCUAAAACAGGCUCGGGAAAUUGUCCUGAAAUACGAGGGACGACUGACCAGAACCAGAGGUUACCAGACGGCAGGGGCUGAUCUCCUGAAGAAACUCUCCCGUCUGCUGUACAACGUCGUGGUUAUCUUCAUCCCCUGGGAAGUCAGGAUCAAGAAAAUUGAAAGUCACUUUGGAUCAGGCGUGGCCUCCUACUUCAUCUUCCUGCGCUGGUUGUUUGGGAUCAACAUCGUCCUGACCAUCAUGACUGGAGCGUUCAUCGUUCUCCCAGAGCUCCUGGCUGGAUCUGCUUUCGGCACCACUCGGAGUAAAACUAUCCCAAAGGAGCAUCUGGCCUCGGCCCAGGACCUGGACACCAUCUGGUCUCUGGGGGGCUACCUCCAGUACUCAGUGCUAUUCUACGGUUACUACGGCAGGGUGAGAAAAAUUGGCAGCGCCGGGUACCGACUGCCGCUCGCUUACUUCCUGGUUGGGAUGGCUGUCUUUGCCUACAGUUUCAUCAUUCUGUUGAGAAAGAUGGCAAAGAAUUCCCGCCUGAGUCUGGCCAGUGCCUCUGAUGAGAACUUCACCUUCUGUUGGCGUGUUUUCUGUGCCUGGGAUUAUCUGAUAGGAAAUCCAGAGGCUGCAGAGAGCAAGGGCGCCGCCAUCGUCAACAACAUCAGAGAGGCUAUCGUCGAGGAGCAGGAGAAGAAGAAAGACACCAGCUUGUAUGCAGUAUCUGGAGUUCUACCUGUGUUACCAUGUCAGACACACUGACACACCUCCUGUCCUCCCUCUGCUCAGGUGAGUGUAGUCGUGUCUCUCAUCACCAUGAUCGCUCCAUCUGCGUUUGAGUUGGUGGCUCAGCUGGAGAUGUACCAUCCACGGACCUCGCUGCGGUUCCAGCUGGCCAGGGUACUUGUCUUAUACCUCGGGAACCUCUACAGCCUCAUUAUCGCCCUCCUGGACAAAGUCAACAGUAUGAGUUCUGCUGUCCCAGUGAGUACAGGUAACUGGUCUGAGUCCAGCUCCUUCCUGGCCACCAUCUCCCAGCCAGAGGGCGACAGUCUGUCCACCUUAGUGUCGGAGAUCUCUGCCUCGGAACAUCGUAACGGAACCACGGCCACCAUCGCCACGAUGCUGGGAGUGAGCAACAGCAGCAGAAGUGUGUUAGGGACCGUCCGCAACCAGACGGCUCUGUUUGAGAAGAACACCAGGACUCAGCAGGACCAAUGCUGGGAGACAUAUGUUGGACAGGAGAUGCUGAAGCUGUCCAUCAUCGACAUGAUCUUCACAGUGGCCAGCAUCCUCCUCAUUGACUUCAUCAGAGGUUUGGUGGUCCGUUACCUGAGUGACUGCUGCUGCUGGGACUUGGAGAGCAAGUUUCCUGAAUAUGGAGAAUUCAAAAUAGCCGAAAACGUUCUGCAUCUGAUUUAUAACCAAGGAAUGAUCUGGAUGGGGGCAUUCUUCUCUCCCUGCCUUCCUGCUUUCAAUGUGUUGAAGCUGAUUGGUCUGAUGUAUCUGAGGAGCUGGGCUGUCCUCACCUGUAAUGUUCCUCAUCAGCAAGUGUUCAGAGCCUCCAGAUCUAAUAACUUUUACCUAGCCAUGCUGCUCUUCAUGCUGUUUCUGUGUAUGCUGCCGACCAUCUUUUCCAUAGUUCGAUACCGACCGUCGGAGCACUGCGGACCCUUCAGUGGCCAAGAGAAAAUAUAUGACAUCAUCUCAGAAACAGUGGCCAGUGACUUCCCACUGUGGUUCAGUAAAGUGACGGGUUACAUCACCAGUCCCAUCGUCGUGCUGCCGGCACUGCUGCUGCUCUUCAUGCUCAUCUACUACCUCCAGGCCAUCGCCAGAUCCCUGAAGUUCACAAACAAUCAGCUGAGAAUGCAGCUCCAGAGAGAGCGAACUGAAGACAGGAAGAAAGUCUUCCAGUUGGCAGCAGGUAGGUUUCUCUCCAAGCCUGAACUCCCAGUUAAACAGUAACAGACGUCAAACUCAGUGAUGUCGUCCUUCCUCCCCAGACUGCAGGCUCCGGAAACCUCCACGGACAAAAAGACGGAUCAGCCGGAAAGUGAAAACACCAGCCAGGAAGCUUCAGUCCACACGCCAUCUCCCAGACGGAACGGCAGCGUCACAAACUUCCAGUCUCCCAUUCGUCACGGGAACAGCAUCCGCACCAUCACCCAGUCGGCAUCUCGACCCGACCUGAGCAGAGGGAGUGGAUCUGGGUCCAUCAGAAGUCCGACGGUGACCGUCCUGCCCAAACAUCGUGUGGAGCACAGGCCUCCACCGGUUUUUAGUGGCCCAAGUGGAUCCUGUCGGUCCAAGUCCUACCAUCACUUGAUGUACAAUCAUCCAGCCCGAUAUUCUGACAACAUCCACUCUGACCCCCUGUACAGGAAGACCAUACGCUCCAUACGUCCAGUCGAGGCUGCCGGUUUCAUCCCCGCACAGAGUUUCGGAGGACGUCGUGGUCACACACGCUACGUUAUUGUCAAUGAGCACGAGCCCAGGAAGAAGCUGCUGCGAUCGGCCACUCGAAUCCCUCGACACUUCCUAAUGGAGGAACCCACUGAGAUCCUGGAGCUGUAUCCAUGCAACAUCAAACGCUACACGCCGCGCACCGCACACCACCAACCACAUCCUCACCGCUCGCACGCGUCACAGCAGCAUCUGAGCGAAGAGGAAGAAGAGGCGGAAGAAGGAAAAGGCAGGAAGAGGACGUCGCUGAGUAAAAAUCAUCGGCCUCACUCUCUCUCUGACCUCAACCAACCUGCAAACUUCUAUAUUGGCGAAAGAGUAGAAAGCCACAAGUCAGCAGCUAAAGACGGCCAUGGACGAUACAGAGCACAAGAGGACGAAGAAGAAGAGGAGGACGGUGGCAAUGAGGACUGGAGAGUAGUAGAGUCACAGCCAAGGGGCCAGCCCGGUGGGAGAGGAUCGGAUCCUCUGGUGCGGACCAGGCGUAACAUCCAAUCCCCAGGAAGACCUGGACAGUCUCCCACCAGGACCAAGCACUCUGAGUCUCACGCCAAGUCCAAGAUGAGAGCGAAGCUGGAAACCCCUGUGACUGAGUCCGACUCGGCCUCGCUGGCCUCCAGCAGCGACCAGCAGAACAGCAGCACCGACCAGUACAUCCAAGUUAUCCACAACAAGGAGCGCUACCUCAAGUCUGACACCAGACAGGGGAAGGCGGCAAAGAAGAAGUCCAAAGGCAGCUUUGACCUGAACGGCACCGACUCCAAUGACCUGGUCUGCUCUAAUGUCUGACUUCAGCUGCAAAUCACUGCAGACACAACAUUUACUGUGUGGUACUAUUGUUGCUGGUGUUGUAUUUUUAUGCGUAUAUUAUGUAUUAUGUAACUUUUGGUGUAGCUAUGUUGUUACUGCCACCUUUUGGGCAUUUUUCAUCCUCCAGUUUCACUGUAUCUUUAACGCAAAUCCACAAAAAUACUCAGUUGCUCAGUGACGUAACAGCUGUUCUCCAGAUCCUCACUCUUGCUUUAACAACCGUGUUUCUCAUAAAUCAAGCAUUUAAUAUUAAACUAACAAAAUGCAUGGA